CAAUAGACUCUAAAAUAAGAAGUUUCAUGUGUAGAAGCACAAUCAUGAAUUCAAGAAUAUUGCUCCUCCUCUUCUUCUCCUAUUGUGCUAUCUCCUUUGCUAAAACUACACCCACAUUUCCAUUUCCAUUUCCUACCAUAAUCAAGCCAGAUGGGUUCUCACCAGCUUCUACCAACACCACUGAUAAUAAUCAACUUUAUGACACAAAGUAUUUCACCCAAAUUCUUGACCACUUCACCUUUACUCCUCAAAGUUACCAUACUUUCCAGCAGAGGUAUCUCAUCAAUGACAGAUACUGGGGUGGUGCCAAGAAUAUGGCUCCAAUCUUUGUGUACAUGGGAGCUGAAGCAGAUAUCGAAAGCUUUGCUCAGAACACUGGUUUCAUGUUUGACAUUGCUCCCCAUUUCAAUGCUCUUCUUGUCUUCAUUGAGCAUCGAUUUUAUGGAAAGUCUUUACCAUUUGGAGGAGAGAAAGAAGCAAUUUCAAGUUGGAAAACACUAGGGUAUUUGAGCUCAACACAGGCAUUGGCGGAUUAUGCAACUUUGAUAAUUGAUCUAAAAAAGAAUUUGACUGCAACUGAUUCACCUGUGGUGGUGUUUGGAGGUUCCUAUGGAGGAACGUUGGCUGCAUGGUUUAGACUGAAGUACCCACACAUAACCAUUGGAGCAUUGGCAUCUUCUGCUCCAAUCCUUUAUUUUGACAAUAUUACUUCCCCUUAUGCCUCCACGGAUGUCGUCACCCAAGACUUUAGGAGUGAGAGCGAGAAUUGCUACAAGGUGAUCAAGAGUUCAUGGCAGUUUAUUGAAGAGAUUGCUAAACAGGCUGAUGGACUGGAGAUACUCAGGAAAUCUUUCAGGAUAUGCAAGAAUAAUAUAAGCGCAGACAGUCUUAAAGGUUGGCUUACUACGGCAUACUUUUACACGGCCAUGACUGAUUAUCCAACUGCUGCAAACUUACUCAAUCCGUUGCCACCUUAUCCCAUCAAACAGAUGUGUAAAGCAAUUGAUGAUCCAAGGCAUGGGAGUGACAUACUAGAGAAGCUGUACGCAGCAGUCAACAUAUUCUACAACUACACUGGGGAAGUCAAUUGUUUCAAUCCCGAAAAACCUUUGGAACUACUCCUACAUAGUCGUGUCCAGUGGGGAUGGCAGACUUGUACGGAGAUGAUAAUGCCAAUGGAUGGUAAUAAUAAGGAUAGCAUUUUCCCAGCCUCGGAAUGGGACUACAAUGAAAGUGUCCAAUUUUGCAAGGAGGCCUUCAACAUCGAGCCCAGGCCCAAUUGGAUUACCACGGAGUUCGGGGGACACAAUAUUAAGAGGGUUUUGAAAAGGUUCGGUAGCAACAUCAUUUUCUUUAAUGGAUUGAGGGAUCCAUGGAGUUCUGGAGGGGUGCUGGAAAAUAUAUCCAAAUUCAUAGUUGCUAUCGUUGCAAAAGAAGGUGCACAUCACGUGGACCUUAGAUUUUCAACGAAAGAAGAUCCAAAAUGGCUAAAGGAUGUGAGGAGGAAGGAGGUAGAAAUCAUACAGAAAUGGAUCUCUCAAUAUUAUCAUAAUUGAUUGGGUUUUUCAAUUUGAACAAGACAGUGUUGAGAACGUGAUGUAUCAUCAAUAAAAAUACUUAAAAGACUGUUAUGCAGACAGUUUCACUCUACUUAUCACCAAUGUUGUUACAUCAUUAUUUUUAAUUUA